CUCAUCUGUCUUUGGUUUUGGUGCUUUCUGUUGCAUUUUUCGCUGGUGCUAUGGAGUUUGAAUGUGAAAUAGACUCAAAGGGUAGUCUUUGGGGCCAUUGUGCGGUGUUUGGAUGUGAAAAUGGCCGACGAAAAGUGGAAGAUUGGGAAGCUGAACAGUGCGCCGUUCACCCAGUUUUUUUUUGUUUUUGCACGCGUAUCUUGUGUUGAACCUGUGACUUUGUUUUCAUUUCAUUCCAUUUUGUUUCGUCGAAAUGUGUCCUUCCAUGUAUUUAAUCCGUUGUUUGUUCGUCUGUAUGUUUAAAUUUGCGUCUCCGCCACAUGUCCCAGCACUGGCACCGCCGGUCACGGCGUAAGUGCAAGCUGCGUAAGGCGCUAUAUAUACGUUUCUGAUCCACUCUGGUGGACCCCUACUCUUAUCGACAAGUUUGGCGGGUUCUUUUCCGUGUGACUCUUCGGAAACACCGGACCGAGGACUUACCUUUCUGCUACGAAGGACAACAGCCAUUACUGGUUUGGUCCACAGAUGGGCACCGCCGGCCAGUUGUACACUACAUUCGCACGUCAUAAAUCUUAUGGGUUACAAGCACAACAAAGGACAGUGCAUAUGCCCUACACCCUUCAUCCUUUGGACAUUCCCAACUCAGAAAAGGGAUGCAGAACGCAGAAAGCAGUGGGUAAAGUUAGUGAACAGGAUAGACAAACUGGCAGGCAAAGUUUGGCAGGCAAACUCGUGGACCAUCUUGGGCUGUGGACUCAGACUCUGGAGGGAGGACUGCAGGUGGUGGCACAGGUGGACCAUCUUGGGCUGUGGACUCAGACUCUGGAGGGAGGACUGCAGGUGGUGGCACAGGUGGACCAUCUUGGGCUGUGGACUCAGACUCUGGAGAGUGGACUGUAGAGUCAUCAGUACCUGUAUGAACAAAGGGGAAAGAGCCAGUCAAGAAAAAAAUCCCCAUAGACAGCAAAGUAUUGAGUAAGGUUUUUAGCAUGAUUGUUUAUAGACGUUUGAGAAUUUUUACAUGUCUGACAUGGUGGCCCUGUAUUCUUUACUUUUUAGCAUGCUUGUAAGUAAGUGUUAAGAAUUGUACAU